AUGUAUAACCGGAAGAGCCGGUGUUUACGGUUUGCAAACAGGAAGUCGUGCAUUUCACAGGUUAAAAAAUACAAAUCUGUCAAAACAAGCGAUUUGUAGUUGAGAAAAUGUAUUUAAAGCGUUUGUCCACAACGCAACAGACUUAAUAAAACGAAGUGUACGAAAGCAAACGGUGGCGCUGCUACGGUGUGUUUCAAUAAUGGUUUGUGCUGGGAAGGAAAACUGGUUUUCCUAGUCGAUUCGCUUCCUACAACCCCGGCGAGGAGACACCGGGCACCGACACACAGGCAGACAACCACACCUCAGUUUAAAGAUGGGCGCUGAGAGCAGUACUCUACCAAGCUGUGUGCUGGAGGAGCCAUUGCUGACACUACCAUCUGGUCUUACUAUGUACUCCGCGAUCCUCAGAGAUGGCAAACCUGCCUCUGUCUUUGUGCACAAGAAAGACAAUGAAGAUAAAGUCAGUAAGGCUGCCAAGCACCUGAAGACGCUACGGCAUCCGUGUCUCCUUCGCUUCCUUUCGUGUUCAGUUCAGGAUGGAGGUAUACAUUUAGUGACUGAGCCGGUUCAGCCAUUAAAACGGGUGUUAGAUAGUCUAACUGCAGAAGAGAUCUGCUCAGGCCUGUAUGAUCUUCUGCAGGCACUAGUGUUUCUCCAUGAUAGGGGAAAAUCAAGCCACAACAACGUGUGCAUGUCCUCCGUGUUUGUCAGUGAAGAUGGCCACUGGAAGCUUGGUGGGAUGGAAACGGUCUGCAAGUUUACCGAGGCGACCCCAGAGUUUCUCAGAAGCAUCCAGAAUGCAAGGGAAAAUGGCACAAUUCCUCCUGAGGAGAAGCUUGAAGGAUUCAAAACUCUUCCCGACAAGCACGCCCACUCUCGAGACGCUUUUUCAUUUGGGGUGAUGGUGGAGGAUCUUCUUCCAUCCCUGACGGGACAUGUGUCAGAUGACUUGUUGGAGGGUCUAAAGAACACGCUGCAGGUCAGCCUCUUGACCCCUGAUGCCACGUCUCGACCAUCUCUCAGCGGUUUGCUGACUCACAAGUUUUUCAGAAACGACUUUUUAGAUAUUGUGAAUUUUCUGAAGAGCUUGACCCUAAAAACUGAAGAGGAGAAGAAUGAAUUCUUCAAGUUUCUCUUAGAUCAAGUUCAGAACCUCCCUGAGGAGUUAAUCGCUGCACGUUUGGCUCCUAAGCUGCUAAAUACUCUGGUGUUUGCCGAGCCUAUGGCUGUUAAAAGCUUCCUUCCUCACCUCUUACGGCCAAAGCAAGACCCCAGUGCGAGCACCAGUGAGGAGUGUCUGUUAUCAGUGCCUCUGUAUCGGAGAUAUGUUGUUCCUCAUCUCCUUAAGCUCUUUAAGGUCAACGAGGAGCACGUCAGAAUCGUCCUCCUCUCUCACAUUCACAUCUACGCAGAAUUCUUUCCUCACGAAGAACUGAAAAACCAGGUUCUUCCUCAGGUUUUGCUGGGAAUGAGGGAUACAAAUGACUCACUUGUCGCCAUGACACUACAGAGUCUGGCUGUGCUUGUUCCUUUGCUGGGUGCCCAGGUAGUUGUAGGUGGGGAGAGGACCAAAGUCUUUAAACGCACUACACCCAACUUUCACCCAACGUCCACCGAUGUCACCCCAGAGACAUCACCUGUGCAUAUUGUUGGGCCGUCAUAUCCCCAUAUCUCACAACCUCCGAAAGUCCUCAAUCUGUUGCCUAAGGCCAAAAAUGUGGUAUUAGAAAAUGUCUACUCACUACAAGCAACUGAUAAGACGACUCGGCAGCACACUAUAGCAGAGAGAGCAGCAUUUUACAAGGAAAUGACGCUUCCUAUGAACGGGUUCAGAACAGGCUCACAAGCUGUGGAGAGCACACAAAGCAUUAAAACGGUGAGAUCUGAUGAAGACUGGCCCAACUGGAGUGACACAGAAGAUGCAGAAAAAGACAAGGGUCACUCGAUCCAAAUCAGCAUUCGGUCGGCGAAUAUCCCAGACCAGAGCGACCCUGCAAAAUCAUCCAAUGCUGAGAAUGACAAUGAGGAACCUUGGGAUGAUUUUGAGGACUCUGAAGUAACCUUCGACCAAUCACCCUCCACCAAUCUACCCCUCUCUAUACCAAAGACAUCAACAAAAACAACUCCGUCAUCUAGAUCUGAACCCAGCGCUGGAAGGCUGUCUAAAGCACUUAAGCUGAACACUAGUGUGAGAAAGGCUCCAGACCAUAACAAUAUCUCAUGGGACACAGGUUGGGAGCAGGAAACCGAUAACCAAGAACCCAGCAUAACAAGUUUAACAUCAGAGCCCAGGCCAAAUACAACAAUCAAAAGCCAUGGAGCCGGAGGUCUCGGAGAGGAGUUCACCAUUGCUGUGAAGAAGAAACCAAUGCGAGAUCCAGAGCUGGACUUUUUCGCAGACAUGGUUCCAGAUAUAAAGCUGUCUUCCUCAUCUCUUCUGCCUUCAGCGGAGAGCUCAGUCAGUGAACCCUUCACAGCUACACUGAUGGGACACAAAGCAUCAGAUGAUGCAGACUCAUCAAUAGAUGUACUGAACCUCACAGCUAAGUUUGCAGCAGCUGACUCGACUGAGACAGAGGCAGCAGGUUGGGGUGAUGAUGACAUCAACUGGGAAGACGAGAACACCUGGUGAGGUCCUCUUAGAAAGCCAUAAGAGGGAAUUUCUAGGAGGAAUAAAAACACAUAUGCCACCUUCCUGACAUUAUUGCUCAAGAAGACCACACCUGAUGUACCAAUUUCAUAAUUUUAAUGAACUACUAUUUAAAAUGGUGUUUUAUGGUUCUCCAUCCAAUAUGAUAAUCAACUUGCUGUUGCCGUUGCAAUGGUUGAUCUAUGGUGAAAAGUGAAGUUUCUCAAACUAAUCAUGCCAAAUCCUAAUAAGAAACUUUCAAUCCUGUAGUACUGAGCAGAUGUGUAACCUAGAAGUACAUCUGCUCAGUUCAUAUUUAUCAAACUGUUUUAUUUGUGCCAUAGAGCUUUUGUUCUGUUUAGUGAGCCUUACAGGACAGACCGGCUCAACCGGAGAAGAAAUGUAUAAUUUUUGUUUACUAGAUUUGGGUGAGAGCCUGACAUUAUUUAUUUGUAUUAUCAGCUGCUAAUUAAAUAAAGAUUUUAUGGUA